AUGAUGCUCGACAACAAGCUUGCCAUCGCAAGCGUCUCGCUGGGUCAACAUGCCAAGCAUACUCUGCCGCAAAAAAUCACCGCAGCCGUCGACGCCGGGUUUCAGGGCUUGGAAAUCACCUGCUUGGAUCUCGAGACCUAUGCCGACAGCCAGGGGCUCUCGAUGCAAGAUACAGCGCGAAUAAUUGGGGCCUUGAUGCGCGAAAACAAGCUGCACGUCUUGUCGUUUGCGUCGUUUCAAAACUUUGAAGGCAACCCGUCGCCCAUUGAGGGCCGACUCCAAAAGGCCCGGGACUGGCUUCAACUUGCACACUUGUUGGGCGCUGAGCACCUGCAGAUCCCGUCCAUUUACCAGCGCGAGUUCAUCGACGAUCAUCAACUCAUGGUCGCGGAGCUUCGACAGCUCGCCGAGCUGGCCGCCACGUUUGAGCCUGUGAUCAAAGUCGCGUAUGAAAACCUGGCCUGGGCCAAACGAUGCUCCUUGUGGCAAGAGGCGGUCGCAAUCGUCCAAGAGGUCGACAGAGACAAUUUUGGCCUUUGCUUGGACACUUUCCACAUCGCCCUCGUGCUGUGGGCCGACGCGUACUCGUCGGAUGGGCGUCAAGUGGACGGCGACGAGAAACUCCGGGCCUCGAUGCAGGAGUUCGUCCAGCGCUGUCCGAAGGACAAACUCUUCUAUGUCCAGUUGUCCGAUGGUGAGCCUCUGGAUCCGCCCUACAGCGAGUCCCAUCCGUGGUACGACCCGACUCUCGAGGUUGGCCAUGUGUGGUCGAACCAAGCCCGACCGUUUCCCCUCGAAACCGAGUACGGUGCAUACAUGCCCGUGGAGGAGAUCAGUCGCGCAUUUAUCCUGGAUAUCGCGUUCACGGGCUGGGUGUCAAUGGAAACCUUUGAUCGGAGGAUGGAACAAGAGGCCAAUGGCCCCGUGCAGAAUGCCAGGCGUGGCAAAGCCUCGUGGGAGAAACUCCGGGCGAGGAUGCUGCAGAGUUGUCCUACACCAUGA